AUGGCUUCCCACGUAUGCCAUCUGUUCCGUCGCUGCCCCUUCUUGCAGAGGCACAAGGGCGCAAGCGUCGAGAGUCUCAUCCCACUAUGCAAACUGUGCCCCGUAGCAUCUCGAUCCCCCGGAACGUUCUCACCCCAAGGCGCUCAAUUGGCGAGUGACACCCAACUCCCUGCUGACGACACGGCCUCUUCGUUCACAGUUUCAAGUGCGGGGCCCGGUGGCAGCAGCUUGGAUGGCGAGGCGGCGAAUAAGCAACUGCAACAGUUCCACCACCAACUGCAGCAACAGCAGUUGCCGCAUCGACAACAGCUGCCUAAAGACUUCUACUCUCAGCUGGCAGAUUGCCGGAUAGCUGAGCUCCAUGCGGAGGGCCGGUACAGAGUGUUUGCAAACCUCCGCCGAUCGGUGGGAAAUUACCCCUCUGCAUUCCUGCACGAUCCUGAGGGGCACCAGAAGCACGAAGUCACCCUGUGGUGCAGCAACGACUACCUCGGCAUGAGUCAGCACCCAGACGUCAUGCACGCAUCCAAAGCGGCGAUCGAUCUGAGCGGCGUCGGGAGUGGAGGGACUCGAAAUAUUUCUGGCUCCAAUGUCUACCACACGGAAUUGGAGGCAGAGCUUGCUAACUGGCAUGAGAAGGAGUCGGCUCUGCUCUUCACUUCUGGAUUUGUAGCGAAUGAGGCGGCCCUCUCGUCUCUCGCGUCUCUGUAUCCGGGGCUCAUAUUCUUUUCGGAUGAAUCAAAUCAUGCGUCUAUGAUUGCUGGGAUGCGCCAUAGCCGAGCGGAAAAGCAGAUCUUCCGCCACAACGAUACGCAACACCUCCGGCAGCUUCUUCAGCAAGCAGAUCCCUUGAGACCCCGCGUUAUUGUUUUUGAAAGUAUCUAUUCGAUGGAUGGUUCCAUUGCCCCCAUAAAAGGUAUCUGCGACCUCGCAGAAGAAUUCAACUGUCUGACAUAUAUUGAUGAAGUGCAUGCCGUCGGAAUGUACGGUCAUCGGGGAGCGGGCGUUGCACAGCAUUUGGGUCAAUCACACCGGAUUAAUUUGAUAAAUGGGACGCUGGCCAAGGCGGUGGGGGUCUUUGGCGGAUAUGUCGCUGGUGAUGCUAACCUCAUUGACUGCAUUCGCUCGUAUGCGGGCGGUUUCAUCUUCACCUCCUCCUUACCGCCCUCAGUAACGGCUGCAGCGACAGCGUCUAUCAAAUACCUCAAACAUUCCAAUGUAGAGCGAUACUUGCAACAACUACGGGCCAGCGAGCUGAAAUCACUGCUGCUACUCCACGACCUCCCUCUCCUCUUCAAUUCUUCCCACAUCGUCCCACUCCUUGUAGGGGACGCAAGGAAGUGCAAGGAAGCCACAGAUAUACUAUUGAACGAAUAUCAGAUUUACAUUCAGCCAAUCAACUAUCCGACUGUCCCUAGAGGAUCUGAGCGUCUGCGAAUCACGCCAUCACCGCUCCACUCACGGGAUGAUUGCCACAAACUUCUUGGGGCCCUUCGGGACGUUUGGACCAGACUCAAUCUCCCAUCAGGUACAGAGUUUAUUCAGAGAGGGUUGCCCCUCAAUCGUAACGGCAGGGAGCUCCAGCAAUUGCUUCAGCUAUUGCAGCAGCAGCAACAUUUCGUCAAACAGCAUGCAUCUCCAGAUUUCGCUGCUCCAUUAACCGCAGCAACGGAAACAGGAGAUAGCGAAACAGGAGAUAGCAACAGCUCAGUGAUGUGCCCCUUCGGGGUAGCAGCAGCAGCGGACUGGAAGGGCCUGCCGGGUAACAGGGGAAUGCCAUCUUUCGUAAGAUUCAACCAGUUUGCGGCUGAAGCCUUUCAGGAGAGACAUCCCACGUGGCAGCAGGCCUUAGGGGAAGGGGGCCCUCUUCAGCAACUUCUGCAGCAGCAACUCGUGUGCACGCAGUUCUUCUUCGCGACAAACCCCACCACCCCUAACGCAACUACCACUCCUCCUGCGGCUCCCAAAGCGGCAGCAGCUCAGGCACAAGGUGCGAGAGCUAACAAGAUUCACAACACCCAACGAGCCACAGCUGUACGACCUGGUGCAUUAUCAGCUUUGCAAUGCAGCCAUUUUUGGGGUGUCUAUGCACCUGCACGGCUGUCAAAGACAGACGCAAAUAGGAAACCACUGAGGAGUUGCCAACAUGACGAAGUUUACAUGUGA